GAAUCGGUCCCCUUCUUAAACCCCCACUCGUCUCGGCUCCCCCCCAUUUACCAAAGUCCAAUUUUCUUGAAUUUCAAAUCUUCAUCAUUCUCAGUAAUCUGGGAUUCAUUGAGAGAAAGAGAGAGAGAGAGAGAGAGAGAGAGAGAGGGGCAGAAAGUGGAAGGAGAAGUUUCCAAAGGUGGAAGGGGGAAGGAUGAAGAUACAGUGCCACGUUUGCGAGGCGGCGGAGGCGGUGGUGCUGUGCUGCGCGGACGAGGCGGCGCUGUGUUGGGCGUGCGAUAAGAAGAUUCACGCCGCCAACAAGCUGGCCAGCAUGCACCAGAGGGUCCCUCUCUCCAGCUCCUCGUCUCAGAUGCCCAAGUGUGACAUCUGCCAGGAGACAGUUGGGUACUUCUUUUGUCUAGAAGAUCGAGCUUUACUCUGCAGAAAAUGUGAUGUUGCCAUACAUUCAGCGAAUACUUAUGUGUCCGCUCAUCAGAGAUUUUUGCUAACUGGUGUAAAAGUUGGUCUUGAACCUACUGAACAUGUUGCUACCUCUUCCUCGGUGAAGUCAGAUUCUGGGGAAAAAGGCCUGGGAACUAAAUUUCAAUCUGUGUCUAGAAGAGACUCAUCAUAUCCAUUGGCUGGUCAAUACAAUGAAGUAUUACCCAACGAUGUUGGUGGAGUUAGGGACUUUGCAGCACCAAAGGUGCCAUUUGCUGGGGCCUUUGCAGCACCAAAGGUGCAAUAUGCUGGGGGCUCUGUGGCUGGAAUUAUGCCGCAAUGGCCUAUUGAUGAAUAUCUUGGACUUACUGAGUUCAAUCUGAAUUAUGGGUACUUGGACAACGGAUCAUCUAAGGCUGAUAGUGGCAAGCUUGGGGACUCUGAUUCCCCAAUUUUAAGAGCUGCUGAGGAAGAAGUGGAUGAUGAUGAGUGCUUGGGUCAGGUGCCAGAGGCCUCAUGGGCAGUGCCUCAGAUCCCUUCACCGCCGACUGCCUCCGGGCUCUACUGGCCAAAAAACUAUCAGAAUUCAUUGGAGGGUGCAGGUUUUGUUCCUGAUAUAUGCUUCUCGCGUGCGGAAAACCCCCAGCAUUGUCAUCAUAAUGUUAGUAUCUCAAAACGACAGAGGCAACUCUAAUCCAUGUCCCUAAGUUCCAUAAUUUGGGUGUCUUAAGGGUUUUUGGUAUUCUUCUCCUCCAUUAGAGUGUAAUAAAGAAGUAGUUUGAAGGUUGAACUAUAUGUUUGUUAUUUGAACUAUAUGUUAUUUUAACUGGCCAAAAAACUAUCAGAAUUCAUUGGAGGGUGCAGGUUUUGUUCCUGAUAUAUGCUUCUCGCGUGCGGAAAACCCCCAGCAUUGUCAUCAUAAUGUUAGUAUCUCAAAACGACAGAGGCAACUCUAAUCCAUGUCCCUAAGUUCCAUAAUUUGGGUGUCUUAAGGGUUUUUGGUAUUCUUCUCCUCCAUUAGAGUGUAAUAAAGAAGUAGUUUGAAGGUUGAACUAUAUGUUUGUUAUUUGAACUAUAUGUUAUUUUAA